AUGGGUCGGGGUGGGUCCAAGGGCAAGACCAGCAAGGGGUUGCCCAAUUCGGGCGAUUCCGACAUCCAUUUGUCCGUUGAGACUGGACCCCGGACUUAUGAGUAUGUUGGCCGAGUCCCCAAUGAUCCGACACCCAAAGGGUCUGGUAAGGGUGCAAAGGGUGGCAGUACUAAGGGCAAGGGUAAGGGCGGGAAAGUUGGCAAGCCCAGCGGUGAGCCAGCUUCGAAUGAGUGUCGCACACCCACUCCGAAGAAAUUUGAUCAUGAUGCCCAGCACACGGGCAGCCCUCCGAGCAUGCCCCCGAAGGGCACCACAAGGGGAAGUGGUGCCAACAGCGAGGAUGGUGAAGGCACGAAGAGUGCUGUGGAGCCAUCUGGCAAUAAAGGUGGGAAGGGCGCCACUUUGGCUGGCAAGGGCGCAGCCGAUCAGCCUAAGGGCACCGGUGUCCUCAAAGGCGCCAAUGUGGAUCACGCCGGCAAGGGUGGCAAAAAGGGCAACAAGGGUGCCCCUGUCGUGGACCACGCUGCACGCGAGAUCGGUGCCGGUGCCAUGGAUCAGACUGAGAAGGGCAAAGGUGUUGUCAAGGGCAAAACUGCCGUGGAUCAGGCUGGCAAGGGCAAAACUGCCAUGGAUCAGACUGUCAAGGGCAAAGGUGCCGUGGAACAGACUGGCAAGGGCAAGACUGCCAUGGAUCAGACUGACAAGGGCAAAGGUGCUGUCAAGGGCAAGACUGCCGUGGAUCAGACUGGCAAGGGCAAGACUGCCAUGGAUCAGACUGGCAAGGGCAAGCCUGCCAUGGAUCGGACUGGCAAGGGCAAAGGUGCUGUCAAGGGCAAGACUGCCGUGGAUCAGACUAGUGGCAAGGGCAAGACUGCCGUGGAUCAGACUGGCAAGGGCAAGACUGCCGUGGAUCAGACGAAGGGCAAAGGUGCUAUCGCGGGCAACAAGGGGGCAAAGGGUGCCGUGAAGCACGUUGGCAACCUUGAGGGCGCCAACAAGGGUGUGAAGGGUGCAGUGGAUACCCAGGAUGGCAAAGGCAAGGGUGGUCUUAUCGAUCACACCGGCAAGAGACAGCGCGACUCCCCACCCGAGCAUGAUCGCCAAGUGUCAAUCAUCCGAAGCGACACAAACAUCUCUGCCAUGAGUGAUGGCAGUGGGCCUGUCAAUAUGGCGCCAUUGGCCACUGGUGUUGAUGCGCAGAAUGUUCCCGAUGUGGCAAGGCCACUCACCGAGGCGGAACGAAAGCAGAUCGAGGCCUUAUCCGGGCCGGCUGACAUUCCACUUCAGCAGCGAAAAGCUUUGAAUGAAAAGCUGAGACGACGGAUGCAGAAUGGCCAAGGCCUACGCAAAGGAUUAGUGGCCCAGUGGGCCGCAUCGCCUCCGAACUCGCCGGCGCGGUUCGAGUUUCUGAAAGCAUUCUUGCUGGACAAGGAAAACCUGGCCACAAUAACGGUCGAACCUUAUGACGAGGAGCUCUCAGAAAACAAAGAAAAGGAGCAGUUUACGGAGCUGCCCCUUUGCCUCAUUCGGCAAAAAUACGAUGGGGUCCCGGGCGGCAAAGCAUUCGUGGAGAAUUUGCUCGCCAGCCAGACUGGCAAAAAGCAUCCCCAGUCGGAUGAAGCGGAGAUGCGCAUCUACAGAGUCUUCGACAGCAUCAAAACUUCGAGUUCCAAUAUUAACAGAGUUGGAAAUCGAACCGGUGCCGCUGUGACUGCAUCCCACAACCGUGCGGAGCGCAAAGCCAUAGCGGAGACCCUGGAGGGAAAGGUUGCCUCGAUGGCGAAGAUGAGCACAGCCCAAGCCGCACCCAAGGGUAAAGGAAAGGGCAAGAACAAAAGCAAGAAGGAAUUGACCCAAGAGGAACUCGACAAGAAGAACUUUCAGAAAGACCUUCAAGCGUGCAGGCGGUUCAUGUGGCAGCUGGGCUGGGAGGCUGCGGGCUCGCCAACCAGGAUUCAGAAGCUCGUAUUCGAUGCGGCGCCAUUCGAAGACUGCCUCGCAAGCAUGGACUACUACAAGAAGGAGAUCCUGAAGGAUUACCAAAAGCAAGUCACCGAUGCCGAAGAGGUUUGGCUGGGCCACGAACGCAAGGCUGCCCAGAAGAGAAAGAUUCAGAAAGCAGAGGAGCAGAAACAAAAGAAAAACAAGGAGGCAGCAGGCCAGGAUGAUCAGGGAGAAGGUGAUGAAGAAGAGAACUGGGAAGACUGCCCCGACACCGCCGAGCAGGAGGAUGGCCGGGAGUGGGAGGACGAGGAGGGUACUGGCUAA